GGUCAUACAUGACAAAGAUUUUCUUUUCAAUCACAAUUUUUGACGUGAGGGAAUCUAUUUAGAGGUUUAUUCAUUCGUCCUCGUUUGUAUCACAGGAUGCUCAUUUUGACUUUUAAGGUUUCUUCUUGCAUGUAAACCAAACCAAACCAAACCAAACCAGAGAGAGAGAAAGAGAGAUGGCAAUUGGGUUCAUGGAGGUGAAGCUGGUGAAAGCAAAGGGUCUUCAAGGAACUGAUCUCUUUGCUCGUAUGGAUCCGUAUGUCCUGUUACAAUACAAAGGUCAAGAGCGCAAGAGCAGAGUAAUUCAUGAAGGGGGAAGCAAUCCAGUAUGGAAUGAGAAAUUUGUAUUCAGAGUCGAAUACCCUGGAUCAGGUGACCAAUACAAGCUCAACCUUAGAAUCAUGGAUAAGGAUGUAUUUUCUGCAGAUGACUUUGUUGGCCAGGCUACAAUCUAUGUGAAGGAUUUAUUGGCAGAAGGAGCAGAGAAUGGAUCAGCUGAGCUUCGUCCUCAAAAGUAUAGUGUGGUUCGAGCUGACCAAUCUUAUUACGGCGAAAUUGAAGUUGGUAUAACUUUCACCCGAAAGGAAGAGGAAUUUAAUGAUGAUGAUGUUGGAGGAUGGAAGGAAAGUUGCUUUUAGUUCAUUGUGCUUCAGAUAUGGAUUUUGGAGUGGAACAUGGAAACAACUCUUGAAGUCUUUUAUGUCGUUGAAUAUGCAUAGAUUUUGAAAUCCCUUCUAGUGCUUGUGAUGUGAUGAAAACAUUUGACAUUAACAUAGUUGUUCAUGAGUUUAAUCAUACAUUUUGUAAUCAUCAAACAGGGAGUGAAUGUACAUAAUAAUCAUUACUUGGAACUCUGGUCUCUGAUUAAAACUCUGAAAUUAUCUUUUUC